AUUUUUUUAAUUUAUUCCAUCUAUUGGAGUUGAUCAAUGUAUUACAGAUAAAUUCACAGCAGGGACGGAGCCCGUCCCAGGGGAUUGUGCAAACUCGCGUCUGUGCGAGCUGAACCCGGGCCGUACCUCGGCGCUGCACUUUGCACCCCGGCUGCGGUGACCUCCCGCCCGGGCUGCGUUUAAAGUCCAGCAGAGCGGUGCCGCUGCCUCCUGCAGCAGCAGCUCAUCCCCGCCGCUGCUGCCGCUCCGCUGCCCGGGAUCGGCACCGCAGCAUGCGGCUGCUGCUGGGGGCAGCGCUCCUGUGCCUCGCCCUGCGCCCGGGACACUGCUCCGAGGAGACGGCGCCCGACAGCGCCGGCCAGCACCCCCAGGCACAGGCAUCCUACUCCGACUGGGGCAUCGAGACCAUCCGGGACGGCUUCGAGACGGUCAACAGCUACUUCGAUUCCUUCUUGGAGCUGCUUGGGGGGAAGAACGGAGUGUGUCAGUACCGAUGUCGAUAUGGGAAGGCUCCCAUGCCACGGCCUCACUACAAACCCCAAGAACCCAAUGGCUGUAGCUCCCAUUUUCUGGGGCUCAAGGUACCUGAAAGUCUAGACUUGGGCAUCCCUGCCAUGACCAAGUGCUGUAACCAGCUGGACAUUUGCUAUGACACCUGUGGUGCCAACAAGUACCGCUGCGACGCCAAGUUCCGCUGGUGCCUGCACUCCAUCUGCUCCGACCUCAAGCGCAGCCUGGGCUUCGUCUCCAAGGUCCAAGCCUGUGAAUCCAUGGCAGACACCGUGUUCAAUGCUGUCUGGACCCUGGGCUGCCGGCCCUUCAUGAACAGCCAGAGGAGCGCCUGCAUCUGCAGCGAGGAAGAGCGGGAUGAACUGUGAGCAAGAGCAGCCGCCCCUCUCCAGCACGGCGAGUCCUGUCAGCCCUCGGGAUGAGGGACAGCAUCCAGGACAGCCUCUGGGCAGGGCAGGGCAGGGCCAGCCCAUGGACACAGGGCAGCUGCAGCUCCACAGCCCCACUGCCCCUUCCCAAGCUGGGAUCCCGUGCCAGUUCUCUCCAGGGACCGAGGAGAGGCAAGCAGGAUGCAGUGCUGGCUAUAAACAGGACUUACCUUAAAUACACACUCUUACCUCCCCCACCUGUAGCUCUCUCCUUUGCAGUGCAAGGCAUUAGGUUUCAUGGAUGUGCUAUUUACAUUUUUGCACUGAAGAGGGGUAAUUUGCUCACACCCAUCCCUGACACUUGCCAUCCUGUCAUUACACACCCAUAUUUAAACACUUGCUGGAUCCUAAACUGAUUUAAGGCAUUUCUUAAGCACGAGUUAAGGAGAAGGGCUUGAGGUGUUUGUGGUGCACGAUUGAUAUUCGGGACCAAAGCCCACCAUUUAUCAGAUGUGAAACCACAGCCCUCUUCCCCAGCCUCAGGAGAGGAAGCCACUUUUCUUUGUCAGUGUCAUCCACAUCUAUUUAAUUACUUUUCUCCUACAGCAUUGAACAAAGCUUUGCCCUUAGGAUCCCUUUUCACACAAAAUGGCUGGGUAUCCACCUCCAUCUCUCACACAAGCGAAACAGGAGGCUCACAGUGGCCUUGGAUGAGAUAUUGCAAAUUCUGGAGGCUUAUCUGUCAGGUGACAGGACUCAAAUGCUACCUCUGUGGGGCUGCUAUCAGCAGCCUCAGACACCAUCCCUUCUAAAACAUGGUUAAUACUCCCAUCUGUUAUGGGGAGCUUUUGUUGCAUGCAAAACCAGAAUUUAAAGUGGUGCAUGGCAUUUUGCCUCCACAGAACAUUGGCAGACAGCUUUCAGCUGGGCUUCUUGUUGGAAGGAAGUUGCUACUGAGUGUGCUCGUGCUGUGCCACGUAAAUAUUUCAGCGGCUCCUGCAAACAUAUUUUUGGUUAUGUUCUUCCAUCUGCCACAGAGAAGUUAAGGCUGCAAAAGGGUUGAUUUAACAAGAGUGGAAAGAGUCUGUCUUGGUUGCUUUUCUUCCAGUUUAAAUGGGUUUAAAAUGUAUGCAUGGAGUGAUAAAUUAUGUAAGCCCUGUAUUGCUGCUCCUGCCAGUCAUCUUUGCCUCACAGUGAACAGCAGUGAGACGUUCAGCCAGCCCCAAGUGGGCUGGAGCAACAAGAGCCUGCUGGUAUCCAGACCAGGAAAAUGGAAGUGACUGUGUGGGGUGUCCUGGGAUGUUUUCCACAACAGAGGACUUUAACACUGAUCAGAUGUAAUGACAGCCUUUCCUAGCUGGGCUAAAGCCUCCGGAGAGAGAAUUCUGCAUUGCUAAUGUUCACUGCUCUGUCAGAGGAUGAGGCUGGACAGACAACCUUGAUUAUCCAGCUAAGAAACACAAUCCUCCUUUUGGCUAGGGAUGGGAAGAAAACAUUCCUCAUUCCAGACACUUCCCCAAACUUUGUAUUUUGUUGGUGAAAUGGUGCCUGUGGCCAGUUUAAAUGUGAACAUACUCUUAUGACUAAAUGACAAAAAAUAAAUUCAAAUAGCUAUAUUGUCUAUGUUCAAAAGCUGGCUGGAUGGCAAAUAUUCUAAAGUAUUUUAUAGUUCAAGUGGUAUCAGAUUAAAGCCAAGCUGGCAGGUGAUGACAUACACUGGAGAGAUCAAAGGGUUCUGAACAAAAUCUCUGUACCCAGACACUGAUGUGCUGGAGACAUAAAUCAUAAUUUCUCCCUGCUUUCCAACCACCAUUCAUCCCAAAACCCUAGAGACUGCUGCAAGCUGGCCAGCUACUGAAUAAAUUCAAUUUUCACUGUGGUAAUCUGAAAAACCCCACCAGCAGCUCUACAAGGAAAUAUUUGAACCUCCAAGUGGUGGCAGUGACUCCAGCAAAGCACCAGAUAAUCCUGUAUAGGAGCAAACCAGCACAUGAACUCCAGUAAAACUGCAUCCUAACUAAAAACUGCUUCUCCUCUGUGCCACUCCUGCUAUCCAGUGAUGUACAGUGAUGGAAGCACAGGGUUCUCCAGGUUGCUGCACAAAUCUUGGGUCAUCUUCAAUUCCACCCUGCUCUGGACACAAAGACACCUCUUUGCUCAUCCCAUGGCUUCUCUUGACUUUGUGCAUUGGCAGGAUUGUUUUCAGCUCCAGAGUGGAAAAGCUGCUUCACAUGAAUUUGUCAGGAAGAACUGAAUUAUGUGCACAAUAACUGAAAUAAGCCAGGAAGAGAAUUUCUCCCUCCAUCACUCCCCCCACAUCCCUUCCAUAUGAACAAACAAGACCAGCUGAUUCUCCAGAAGGCACCGGAUAAUUAAUUUCAUUUCCCAGCUCUUGUUUUAUCAAAACAAAUAUAUUUAGCGGAGGCUGCCUGAACAAAGAAGUGACAGUGGGAAACUGCCCCUGUGGUCCUAAUGCAGAUGUGAAUCAGCAGAACAGCAAUCCUAGGAGAAGCCUUUUUCCUUUCCUGUUCUUUCACAUAUGGUUAGAUAACACACAAAAAGUGUCUUUCCAUUUAUACCUACUUAUCAUCAUAGAAAUAUUUUUGUUUACUCUAACACACACACAUAUUUCUAAGGUUGGAAAAGCAGCCAUGAAGCUAUUUAGAAAAAUUAUUAAACUCUCAGCCAUUAAAUGUUCAUUCCUCACUGGAAUUUCACUUGCCAGAACAAAUAAAUCUGUGAAAUAGG